GGGGGGCGUGGGGCGCCCUGAGCGCAGCGCUGCAGCGGGGGACCCGGGAGGUUCGCGGUAGGCAAGGUCCGCGCGCGCCGGGAGAGGCCCGGGGGCGGCCGCGCGAUGUUCGGGGCGCGGUUCCUGGCCCGAGCCCUGCGCUCCUGCUCCUCAGCUCCCUGCCCGGGACACAGACCUCCGGCCCGGCUGAGCGUGCGGGACGCUCUCGGGGCCCAGAGCACGAGUGGGGAGCGCGUUAAGGUGCAGGGAUGGAUUCGUUCAGUCAGAUCCCAGAAAGAAGUCUUGUUCCUGCAUAUAAAUGAUGGAUCCUCUUUGGAAAGCCUUCAGGUUGUAGCAGAUUCAAGCUUUGACAAUAGAGAACUGGCUUUUGGGAGUUCUGUGGAAGUUCAAGGGCAGCUGGUAAAAAGUCCAUCCAAAAAGCAAAAUAUGGAACUGAAGGCAGAAAAAAUUGAAGUUGUUGGAAAUUGUGAUGCCACGGCGUUCCCUUUUAAGUAUAAAGAGAGGCAUCCUCUGGAGUAUCUGAGACAAUAUCCUCACCUUCGGUGCAGAACUAAUGCUCUGGGCUCUAUACUGAGGGUUCGCAGUGAGGCCACAGCUGCUAUUCAUUCUUUCUUUAAGGACAAUGGCUUUGUGCAUAUUCAUACUCCAAUAAUCACAUCCAAUGACUGUGAGGGAGCUGGAGAACUGUUUCAAGUUGAACCUUCAAGCAAAAUUAAGAUGCCUGAGGAGAAUUUCUUCAAUGUUCCUGCAUUCUUAACUGUUUCAGGACAACUUCACCUAGAAGUGAUGUCAGGAGCUUUUACUCAAGUGUUUACCUUUGGUCCAACAUUUCGAGCAGAGAAUUCUCAGAGCCGGAGACACCUGGCAGAGUUUUAUAUGGUAGAAGCAGAGAUUUCUUUUGUUGAGAGUCUUCAAGAUCUCAUGCAGGUCAUGGAGGGGCUCUUUAAGACUGCAACAAUGAUGGUUCUCUCAAACUGUCCUGAAGAUGUUGAACUCUGUCACAAGUUCAUAGCUCCUGGCCAAAAGGAAAGAUUAGAACAUAUGCUAAAAAACAACUUUUUAAUCAUUUCUUAUACUGAAGCAGUAGAGAUCUUAAAGCAGUCAUCUCAGAACUUCACCUUCACUCCAGAGUGGGGUGUUGAUCUACACACUGAACAUGAAAAGUACUUGGUGAAGCACUGUGGCAACAUACCAGUCUUUGUCAUUAAUUAUCCAUUAGCACUCAAGCCUUUCUACAUGAGGGAUAAUGAAGAUGGCCCUCAGCACACAGUUGCUGCUGUUGAUCUUUUGGUUCCUGGAGUUGGAGAGCUCUUUGGAGGAAGCCUCAGAGAGGAACGGUACCAUUUCUUAGAGCAGCGACUGGCCAGAUCAGGACUAACAGAAACCUACCAAUGGAAAAGAAAACGCCAACAAAUAAGUUUCCAGCUCUUUUCCAGUCAACACUCUGGACCUUGAAGAAGCUUGCAUGUAAUUUGACUGCAACUGACUUUCCUUUUUUAGUUAAUUGUGUUAAAUGCGCCUCAUAACUCCUAAUCCCAGUGGGGCUGUCAUUUAGAAGGGGCUAGGGGGGGAAGCCGUUUUAAUUCUGGCUUUUGUUUCAGCCACUAAGUGUAAUACCACAUGAUUGUUGACCCAACAGUAAUCCAGUUAAAAAACAGUCUUCAGAGUCACUGCAUCAUCAAAAUUAACCCUGAUUACAUCAAAUUAUGUUGAAACAGACCACAGCUGUUUGCCCUGUUGAAGCAACUGCUUGAGAGCUCAUCCAGAAGAUCUAUCUGGGUGUCAGGAAGAUACAUUUUGUUUUUUAUUUUUGUUUCUCAACACAAAUGUAGGAGGGAAACACUCUGUUCUUCCCAGAGUGCCUGGUGGGAGUUGAAAACUUUGUGAUACUCCAGAAUCAAAAAUCUUAAUAAUUCCAAAAUAGAAGAAAACCUCAGACCUUUUAAGGUUUUGGUUUUCUAUAGGAAGGAUGUAAGAAGAAGGAAACGUAAAUCUAUUGAGUAUUGCUCUUGUCAGCAAAAAAGAAGUGGAACUUACUACUACAGAGAAGGAUGGUGGGACUUUCUGUGGUAGGCUGUACACGGAUGCUAAGACUGGCUCAUACUAGCCCAUGAGAACAGAUUGUGGUGAAAAAUUCUGCAAGCUUGUUAAAUAAAAGGGGGCAUUAUUAAAAGAAUUUAAAAUGGAAAUUAACAAGUAUUGGAGAAGAUGAAGACAAAUUGGAACUUUCAUACAUUGCUGGUUAUGUAAAAUGGUGUAACCCACCGUGGGAAACAGUUCAGCAGUUCCUUAAAAGUUAAACACAGGAGCCCUGGCUGUCAGUUAGUGGAACAUGUGACUCUUGAUCUCAGGGUCACGGGUGUGAGUCCCACGUUGGGUGCAGAGAUUACUUUAAAAAUAAAAGUAAACACAGAUUCAACCCAUGUUCCAGCAGUUUGACUCCUAGGUAUAUAUAUAUAUUUAUGAAAACACAGGUCCACACAGAAACUCAUACAGGUAUGAAUGUUCACAGCAACAUUAUUCAUGGUAGCCAAAAAGUGGAAACAAUGGAAAUAUCCAACUGAAGAAUGAAUAAAAUGUAUAUUCAGUCAUUGGGGUAUUAUUCAACCAAAAAAAGGAAGAACUGAUGUAUGCUACAACACAGAUGAACAUUGAAAACAUUAUAGAAAGUGAAAGAAGUCAGACGCAAGAGGCCAUAUAUAAUUGGAAUCAUAUGGAAUGUCCAGCAGAAUUGCAAAUCCAUAGAGACAAGGUAGAUGAGUGGCUGCCAGGGGUUGGGAUUCGGGGAAUGAGGAGUGACUGCUAAUGAAUAUGGAGUUACUUUUGGGGGUAAUGAAAAUGGUCUGAAAUUAGAUAGCAAUGAUGAUUGCACAACUCCGUGAAUAUACUGGAAACCACUGAGAUGCACACUUUAAAAGGUGACUGUUAUGGCAUAUAAAUGAUAGGUUACUA